UUUCACCACAACAAAGAAGAUACUGCUUGGCAACGUGAUUGUUUGCCAAUAGUAAGGUAAGGUAGCCCUGAUACGCGUCGGCAGCUGACAGGAGACACAAGUGCAAUAUGACCACCGACACCUUAUUUGACUUCUCCUAGCGUUUACUUUCACUUUUCUCACUAUAACCUUACCUGCUUACCAUUCUCGUUCUUUGUCUUAAAACUACUCCCUUUACCAGAGAUUUUAUUCUAUAAUCAGCUCGACACAUUCUGGCCAUCCCCCUUUCCAUUUCUUCGCGUUUGACGCAUCAAGUUGCAGUCUACCACACCAUGGGCAACACAACUACAGAGGAUGAUCUCAACGGAACGUCGAUCUCGGCUACCUCGAGCGCUCGAUCGCUCCAAUUCCACAACACAGUAAUCUUUUCCCGACUCAGAAACCGCAGGCUCGGGUAUACACAGCUUGGGGAUGACCUGGGCGGGAUACCGGCCUUGACUCAGCCUGACACCCCGCCCAGUGUAGAGACUGUUACAGAGGCGUUGGAUGACCACACUCUGGGAUCUGAUGCGGACUCGAAUUCAGGGUAUGAGACGGCCAACGAAGAUCCAGCUGCUGCCCCUGAGGCCGGCUCCGAGGGAGACACGGCAGUUCCAGCCUUUUACUGCCGGGAGUGCGGCGACGCGAGACGCGAUGAAGGAUAUACCCUCCGACUUUUUGACCUCACAACCCCUCUCGAGUGUCACGCUUGCAAUGCGAAGCAUCGUGCGGUACACUUCACCGCAAGGGAGCGAGCUGCCACUGCCUCGCGCACAUGCAUCGCGCGUCAAGGCUCUCGUGUAUUAUGUCCCCACUGGGAGGUCGACCUCGACGAUAUUCGAGACUGGCAGAGAUACCUCCACGAAGACAUUCCAGAGACAGCCACAAAUAUAGAGUUGUGUUGGGGGACGCUGUUUGUCAAGUGCCCUGAUCCCUCUCACCAGGAUGACGCUGAGGCAUCGCGCCGAUGUCCGUUCGCCAAUGUCAGGCUCUAUCUCUGGGAGCACGGCGUCGAAUUAUUGUUUGUCGAAGCCAGGUGGGAAUUUACACCUGGUUCGAGUUCCCAGGGAGAGACUGGAUUUGAGGCUUGCAAGAGGACUAUCGGACAGCUUCACCGACAUUGCCCCGAGGCUUUUGGCCCUGCACCUCUUUCGCCCUACCACAUCAGGUCCCUUGCACCCGAGGACCUACACGCCAACACUGCCGGUCUCAAAUUAACGGCAAAGUCUAGAAUCUACUUCAACAACCUGAACGGUCCAAUCGGGGAUCUGGAUUCCAAGGUCGGCCAGGGUUUCUUCGAGAUUUGUGGUGCACCCCGGCUUGCCUAUGCCGACACACUUACGCUCCCCAGGUCAGCCGGGGGUGAUUUGACAGACAGCUACCUGUGGUCAGCCUUUCUCAACCCAGUCAGCUAGGCCUUGGACAGGAUC